CUAGCGCCUGCCCCGGAGUGGAGCGACCGUCUCUCUCCAGCCGGGCAGCGGUGACUGAGCGGGGCGCGACAGCGCGGCCAUGCACAGCUAGCCCCCGCCCGCGCGCCCAGCUGCCUCCCUGGGCCCCCCCGGCCAGCUGCUUGGAGUGGCUCAGACACACGCAGGGGCUCAGCGCCGUGCUCGGGGCGCCCCAAGGAUGGAAGGGGGCGCGUAUGGAGCGGGCAAAGCCGGGGGCGCCUUCGACCCCCAGACCUUCUUCCGGCAGCCUCACACCGUCCUGCGGGUGCUCUCCUGGGUGUUCUCCAUUGUUGUCUUCGGCUCCAUUGUGAAUGAAGGUUACCUGAACAGCCCCACUGAGGUGGAGGAGCACUGUAUCUUCAACCGCAACCAUAACGCCUGCAACUAUGGCAUCACCGUGGGCGUCUUCGCCUUCCUCAGCUGCCUUCUCUACCUGGCUCUGGACAUCUAUUUCCCACAGAUCAGCAGCGUCAAGGACCGCAAGAAGGCAGUGCUCUCGGACAUCGGGGUCUCUGGUUUUUGGGCAUUCCUCUGGUUUGUUGGCUUCUGCUUCCUGGCCAACCAGUGGCAAGUUUCAAAGCAUGAGAACAACCCGCUGAAUGAGGGGGCAGAUGCAGCCCGAGCAGCCAUCACCUUCUCUUUCUUCUCCAUCUUCACCUGGGUGGGCCAGGCGUUUCUGGCGUACCAGCGCUACCGGAUUGGUGCCGACUCGGCCCUCUUCUCCCAGGACUACACGGACCCAAGCCAGGACUCCAGCCUUCCUUACGCCCCCUACACCAACGAGGACGAUGCCACAGACACGGUGGGGACGUACCAGCAGCCCCCUCCAGUAGACGCUUUUGACGCUGAGACGCAGGGGUACCAAACGCAGAACUACUGAGCUACACUGGUGUCUCUUCCCAUGCCCCUCCCCUCCCCCCCCUUCCCUCUGCCGGCAGGAGGCCACGGCACAAAACAGACAGGUGUGUCCCAGCGAACAGAUGGCCCUUGGCCAUGCUGCAGCCUUCUGGGCCAUUUUUUUUUAUUUAUUUUAUUUUUUUAAAAGAAAAAAAAAUCCCUAACAGCUCCUCCCUCUCUCUGAAUUGUCCACCAGACCCAAACUGUGUAUUCCCAAGUCUGUCCCUGUCCCGGCAAAAGCUCCCCUGGCAACGUGGGAGUGAGCAGCAGCUUUGGGCAAGAAUCCAGCUCAGUCUUUUGGUGGGCAGGGGAGGGUGACAAGGGCACCAGCACAGGAAGCAAAGGCCUAAGAGGUGGAGACAACAGGGGAACCGCUCAAGCGGCUCUGGCGGGCAGGGGGAGAAGGUGGCACCUACAGCGUUGGAGCAGAUUGUGUGUCUGUGGGCCGGGAGGCAGGGAGUUGGAGAUGGCAGAGGAGUGUGUGAGGGAGGGAGAGGUCAGAGCAAGCAUGUAUGCAUACAAAGGUGGAGGGUGGGUGGAUGUGCAAGCAGUGGGGCAGAUCACAACCCUUUUGCCUCAUGGGGUAUUGCCUCCUCAGCAGUACAAGGCUGCAUGGGAAGUUAUUGGUGGUUUAUCUUCAGGGGUGUAGGGAGGAGUGAUAGUGAGGGUGGGAGAUGGGGGUUGAGAGAAAAUUGGGUGAAGGGAGGAGUUUUGCAGGCACCAUCAAAACUACAAAGACAUUGGUAGAUUUUAAACCAAGAGAAUAAUCAGGACUGGACUGGAUGGGCUAUGUGGUGAGAAUCCCUCCUCCCCCAGGCGAUUGCAUUGGAGGUGUUUUCCCUUCCCCAUGUAAGCACCCUUCUGAGGUUAACACUGUGUUCCACUAGGGAGAACCAGAACCAAGCUGCACCCUCAGGGUGGGAAAGAUGUCUUGAGAGAAACUCCUGAGAACUCCCUUCAUCCCCUGCUCCUUCUGCUUAGGGAUCACAACUGGCUUAGCAUGGGAUGAGGAGGAAGGCACUGGGCUGAUUUAGGGAAAAGCCAGCUUCACACCAGCUGAAGGGGAACUUUGUCAGCCAACUCUGGGAGCCCUGUGGCCUUUGCCCAGAAUAAAGGUGCAGGACGAAAGGGACAAACGAGUGAAUUUCAUUUUUAUAAUCUUGUUGAAUCCACAUCCUUGGUGGAGUUAGAGAGAUUCCACCCUCUCUAUGCUCCUAGACUGAUCAUCCUGGGCAUCUGUGCCAUGCUCCCUGGAGGCCAGAGAAACAGGGCAGGACUCCCAAUGGAGCUUCUCGCCCUGCUGGAAAGAAAUACUGCUGCGUUUCUACCAGCUGGUGUCUAGACAUUCUUAGAGUGCGUGUAACCAAUGAGAAGGGCCCCAGCAGCUGGGCUCUUGGGUUUGCCCCAAAGUUAUCCUGGCUGAGACUGAUCAGGGAACCUAAGAGGGGUCUUUAAACAGCAGCUCUGCUAAAUGAGCUGAAUGGGGAGCAUCUCCCCCUGCCCUUGCAAAAUUUGGACGGGCUGUGCUGCACUCUCUUCCCACUGAAACAUUGUCUUUGUGUAUCUUACAGCUCUUCAGAGAUGUCAGUGCUCCAUCCUCAGCCCCUAGCUCCUGGCUUGUCUACACCAGGAAAUCGACGAAAACAAUUAUUCCAGGAUAGCUCCCUGUGUGGACACUCAGUUCUGGAAUAAAAUAUGAUUUUUUUAAUCCCAGAAUCCUUACUCGGCUUUGGAAGUACACUAAUUAUUCCGGACUACAAGUGAUUUUUAUUCCAGAAUAGAGGCUCCACAGGGAGGAGCUAUUCCACAAUAACUAUUCUGGGCAAUUUCCCUGUGUAGACAAGCCCUGAGAAAAUGAGGGCAGGAACCAAAGCUAGGUAUCUCAUGGGUGUGCAGAAUAUUAACUCUUAGGCUACCAUGCUUGAGCUGGGCAGAGCCCGCAGCCCCUAAGAUGGAGGGAUCAGGAGCAGAACCAGGGCAGGAUGAUAGUACACAGGGGUGCUAGAUGGCAGUGCAGAGCACUUACUGUUAGGACUCCUAGUUCCUGCCAGGCUUGGGAAUUGAACUUGGGUUACCAGGAGGGCAGGACAAAACAUCUAGGUCAGUGGUUUUCAACCUGUUGUCCGCAGACUGUCUAAGAUUUCAAGAGAAGUCUGCACCUCCAUUCGAAAUUUUUUUAGGGGGUCUGCAAAUGAAAAAAGGUUGAAAACCACUAAUCUAGGUUACAAGCUUCCUCUCCUGCCACACACCUUUCCCCAAAUGUGGGGGUAGGAGAAAUAGGAAGACGCAGCCCCAAAAUGGGGGGAAGACCUGUCUAGUGAGGAAUCCCCUCCUUUGUACACAAUUAUACAGAUGUUUUUAUCUGCAGUGUCUAUCUUUAAAGGGCUGUUUCUCAGAGCUGCCUAUGGGACUUCUACCUUUGGGCACUGAAAGCUGUUAUGGGAGAGAACUGAGACUCCAGCUGUUGCAUGAUCUAUGUGUCUGUGUGUGUAUAUUGUCUACAGGCCUCUCCACUGGCACCUCUCCCAGUGAUUCGCUGUACGUGGCACAUGGCUAGCAGCUAGUGGAGGUGAGGGGAAGGAAAUGAUAGGCCCUGUCGCAGUUGAAGCACAAAGAGGAGCUGGGCAAGUCUCUCACUCCAUGGUCCCAAGCAAAAGCAAUACCGUAAAUAGGAGGUUCGAUGGGGAAAGGUUCCCAUCUCCCAAGCUUCUCUUCUGUUGGGGUAGCCUAAUAUUUAGGUUUGGGGAGAGGGGGGACCUUAUCGAGAGGGUUCUUUGUAAUUCGUGUCAGAGAGAGCUUUCUCCAAGUCGUCUCCACCCCCCCAGAGUGAGAGAGAGAAUGACGGGUGGGGGAGGGUUAUGCGGGGAGGUAGAGGAGUUACAAGCAACUGGUGUCUCAGGGUAAAACCUCAGCAUGUCUUUUGGAAUGAACCUCUGAGACCCAGCAGCCAUCCCCCACUUCAACAGCGCGUUUGGCCCAGGGGGCGGGGUUUAUUUUGGUUUGUACCAUGGGACUAUUUUAAUGUCCCCUCUCCCAUCACAGCCGAGAGGAUCCCUAAAGUCAUCUAGAGCUGGUCAGUAAAGAGACCUUUCCUCCUUACACCCUGUUACCCUCACAACACCGAGGAACCCCCUAGCUGCUCUGAGAUGGAACUCAGCCAGGCUCAUUAUCUCCUCUGUCAGGGCAGGCACCUCCCAGGCAGAUGAAGAACCAGUCCGCUUCUGUCUCAGGUUAUUCCCCACCUCUCUGUCCUUCUACUCCUGUUCUCUGUCCCUUGGCAGAUGCCUGCAUGGCAAGCAGGAUCUUGCAGUGGUUCCUAGAGGGUUCGCCCACUCUGGUGGCUCAGUUCCUGGCUUUGCUUUUGCCUGGUGGGAGCAGUGAACUCUUUUCAAUGUAACAUCUUUAGCCCUGAUGAAUGAGGGACUGGGGGAGACAGAGAGAGGAGGACAAGGGUGUCUGAAUAGUAGAACAAUUAGGGGACAUUUCCCUCUGUGGUGUUGGUGGCUGUUUAACAGGGUUGCAGGUUCUCUACUGGAAGUGAGGGAACAAUUCCCCCCCCCCCCCACGUGCACACAGAGCAUGUGGGGACCCUGAGUUAGAGGCUGUUUCACAACAGGAGGUGUCGGCAGGGCCGGCACCAGCCCAGCAAGCAGGUGCUUGGGGCGGCCAAGGGGAAGGGCCGGCACUUGGGGCUGUUCAGCGGCAAUUCGACGGUGGGUCCCUGAGUCCCUCUUGGAGGGAAG